AUGACUUCAGAAGUUUUUCAGCAGUUUUUGAAGGAGACUGAUGAUACAGAUAGAACCAGUACAAUAGAAAGGAAAAAUCCUCUCAGUUUUACUGAUGCCAAUGGCAAAUCCGAAGACCUUGCAGACCCUUUUAGUCGGCUGGAUAUUAGAGUUGGGAAGAUAGUUUACAUCCAGGAACAUCCUCUUGCUGAGACAACUUUUGUUAACCAUGUACGCUAUGAUGACAAAAACACAAAAGCUGCUAUGUGCAAAAUCAAAGGAUCGUACAAGAAAAAAGAGUUGAAAAAGAAAUUAGUUAUUUUAGUAAUGAAUGUUAACUACAAAGUGAUGUAUCUAGAGUCAGAAGCUUUCAUCCUCUAUGCCAGAGACAAAGAUAAAAAAAUCAGAGAGCUCCUUGAGCCCCCUAUUGACAGUGAAGUAGGAGACAGAAUAAUUGCUCCUGGCAUUCCGUUCAUCCCUGCCACAAGAAUGCCUUACAUAAAGCCAAUGAAAGCGGGGAAAAAAUUGUUAGAUGAAGUAACUGCAAAAAUGUGUGUAGACUCUGAGGGUUUCGCGACGUACAAAGGUAUUAGACUGACAAAUGUAAUGAACGAAAUGGUUACUGUUCCCACACUUCGGAGAUGUCCGAUUCAAAGAUAG